UGCAGUUAAUAUACUGGUUGCGGAAGAUGAGGAAAGAUUGGAGGAUAUUCGUGCAGAAAACUUAGAACGAAGGGUUAUGAGAGAAGGUAGUGAUCCAUUUGCAAUACAAAAUACAAGAUUUAUCCAACUGUUUAGGCUAAAUAAAGAUAUGGCUCAGUAUGUACUAAACAGGAUUCUUCCAGUCUUAAAUCAAGGCAACAAUCCCGUGGCCAUACCCAGUAUUCUGAAGUUUUUUGGAACACUUAGUUUUUAUGCUUCAGGUUCUCACCAACGUGUUAUAGGCCAAAGUUUUAAUCUGUCCAUGUCACAACCAAGUCUUUCGAGAGCCAUCCAAGACGUUACAAUUGCCAUCAUAAAUACAUUGUCAGAUGAAUGGGUACGUUUUCCUAGAAGUGCAGAGGAAAAAGAUCAAAUAAAAGCUAGGUUUAUGGAAGCAAGACACUUCCCUGGAGUAAUUGGUGCUGUAGACUGUACUCAUCUUGAAAUAGUUUGCCCAAUAGAAGAUGAGCAUAUAUAUUUCAACAGAAAGGGAUACCAUUCCAAAAAUUGUCAGAUUAUUUGUGACCAUGACCUAAAAAUAUUGAAUAUAAAUGCUGGACAUGGUGGAGCCUCUCAUGACUCCUACAUUUGGAGAAACUCGGCAGUAAGAAUUGAAUUGGAAGCAUGCUACCAAAGAGGAAAACGUACCCAUUCAUCUGAUAAUGUAUUUAUAAUAGCAAUUGUAACGUCUUGGAUGGCUCUCGAAAGACUUGGUUGUGACAUGGACAGAUUAAAACUUUGA